AUGGAGAACCUAUCGACGGCGGUCGGCACCGUUGGCAAGCUCAAGCCGGAAAUCCGCCUGGCCCAGGCCAUCUCUGAGUUCAGCGUCUGCCUGAGCGGCGACAAAGACAGACACGCCAAGUUCAAGAACCUGCAGACGCGUCGCCCGCCCAACGCCCUCGAGGUCGUCCAGCUCACCGAGGAGAUCAAUCGCGACGGCGCCCGCCGCCACAAGUCCUGGCGGCCCUAUGCCACCCGCCUGGUCGCCACACUCGACCGCAUUCGCCAGUUUGCCCCCAUUGGCGAUGUUUUGAUUGGCGGGUCGCAGAAUCUCCUCGCAUGCGGCGUCUGGGCCACCGUACGGAUUGCUUUAGAGAUUUCCCUCAGUUUCCUGUCAUACUUUGAAAAGGUUUCCAACUUGCUUCUGAGGAUAGGACGCUCCGUUUCACUGCACCAAGACUUUGCCAUGCUCUUUCCUCAAUGCCGGCAAGUCCAAGGCUACAUGUGUGAGUAUAUCAUAGUCAUUGUAGAGAUCAGCAAAAAAAUCGUCAGCCACGCUCAGAAAUCACUCGUCUCGCAAAUUACCUCUUCGUUCGGCUCCCCUUUUGAUACAGUCUUCAAGCCGCUAGAGACGGACCUCGCCGAGUGGGGGCGGCUAGUUGAGAAGCGCAUUGCCAUACUCGUUGCCAAGUCGACACUUCGAGAACAGUCUUCCAGUCUAGAACGGCUGAACAGACUGCAAAUAGCAGCGUCACGAAAAGCUGCCAAGCGCAACCGGGAGGCUCGCAAACACCGUAUCCUCGAAUGCCUGUGUCCGGACCAAAAGGAGUUCGACUCGAUAUGGCGUCGAGAACGAAAGAAGGGGACCUCGAACUGGAUACUCAAGGACCAGGAGUAUCAAACAUGGCUAGAGUGCCCCGAUUCAUCUGUUAUUUGGCUGCAGGGUAACCUGGGGUCCGGAAAGACCGUCACCAUGGCCUCCGUCAUUGCUGACUUAGUCCUAACCAAGGGAGACGCGAGCUCCGGCUCCGCCCCAACUAAACAAAGGCCCCGGACUGUCUCGUACUUUUUCUGCAAAAGCAACAACCGAAAGACGCUGUAUGUGGAUAACAUACUUGGAAGUAUUGCCCACCAGGUUCUGAGUAGUCCGGUCCUCGCAUCAACAUUCGAACAAUUUUUGGAUCGCACCGACGGCUCCCCCACCACAUCCAACACCGAAGCCUAUAUUCAACUCAUCUUGGACAUUACCCCGCCAGACUGGGAGGGAGUCUUUGUGCUGGAUGGUCUCGAUGAAGCUCCGCACGAGGAGAUGGACGAUCUGUUUAUGCAGAUGAAGCGGCUCAUGAAUGCUAGGCACAUUCGAUUAUGCUGCUCAUCUCGGCCAACGUCGAGGUGCAAAAGAAUCGCGGAAUCUAUGAUUCGGAUCAACACAACGCUCUCCAUGGAGCAUGCAGACCGCUCAGGUGAUAUUCUUAGUUAUAUAUCGGCAGAGAUGGAGCGGUGGAAGUUGGUCAGGCCGUUCUCAGCUGAACUAGAAAGGCUAAUUACGAAGCAGCUACUAGUAGGCUGCCAGGGCAUGUUCCUGUGGCUAUCCCUCCAGAUCGAAGCUAUUUGCCCGAAAUAUACCCAGGAGCUUCGGUCCGAGGCCGACAUAUUAAACAUCAUAAACAACCUACCCCGUAACCUCCCAGAGGCUUUCGACCAGGCCCUUCUAAGGAUUCCAGACCACAGAUACGAUUCCAGGAUCUUCCAACUCGUUGCCGCUGCCGACCCGUGCUUAUCCGUAGACGAGUUACGUGUAGCUGUCAAUGUUGAGCCCGGAAUCCUUGCAUGGAACUCCUCGAGCCUCGUCGGUUCCGGGCACGCCCUAGCAUCACAGUACGGCGGUAGUCUUCUCGACAUCGACGAGGAGGAUCUCGGCGUCAGGUUCAUCCAUCACAGCGCUCUCCUGCACCUUGCCGGCUGCCCCGCCAUUCAGACCGCGGCGCCCUUUCACUUUGACUUCCAGGAGUCUGAGAUCAAUGUAGGUGCAGUUUGCGUGACGUAUCUAAAUUAUAGCGUCUUUGAGAACCGGGUCUCGACGGCACAAAAGGUCUCCUUCGUCCAAGUCCCCCCGAUGGUGGCCGAGUCAGCCAUGCCGUCUAAAAGGCUCUCUCAAAAGGUCAUGAGAAUUUUGUCCCAGAACAAACGCUCCAGCGUCUCCAAGGUUGACCUGGAACGCCUGGCGUCCGACUUGCUUGCACAUAGAUUCGAAGUCCACGACGAUGUACAGCUCUUUCUGCCCUAUGCGAAAGCACACUGGCUGAUCAUGUCCAAGAGCUUCUCCGAGGCAAUAGAUCCCGCUGUGUACUCUCUAUGGAAGAUUUUACUUACCGGAUCCGUACAAUCUAUCUCAGACUCUCUCCCUUGGAACGCUAGCUCUGCCGCCUCCGUCGCAGAAUGGGCCAUCCACAACAAUCACGGCUUUCUCUUCAGACACCUCCUCUUCAACUCAGACAAAAACAACUCGAGCGAGGUCUUAUCAACCACAGCUCGCCUAAGCGAGAAGAAUGAUAGGAGUCCGUCCAUGGCCGCAAAAGGCCAGGCUGUUGAGGAAAGUCAGCAAGAGUUCAACCUUUCUGGAGAAGCCAUGGGUCCACUGGUGCCGGUCUACCUCAUGAACUGCAUGCACACUAUGCGCAAGGUUGAGUUGCCCGUUAUCUUGCGCUUCAUCGGUCUAGGCUGCCUUCCUUUUGGGACGGGUGAUCGCUACAACCAGUUCCCAGACCCAAUGGCAGCCGAAUUCAGCUUGAACGCCGUUGCUCGCUUGGCCAUCACGCACAUAAUUACUAACACAUGCCGUUCGCCACCCAAAACAUGCAUGUGUGAUCCUAUCAUUUACUUUACGAACUACCUCCCUCACAUCGAUGCCUUGUUGGAUAAUGGGAUGACUCUCCUACAUACGGCCAUCCAACAAAAUCACGAGCGGCUGGCACGGACUCUGCUGACCGAUCACGGCGCAGAUCCUAACGGUUCCAGCGUGCCCGGCUUCCCCAGUCCACUACAGCUCUGUUUACAGCAGGAAAGGAGCCUCACAGAUCUGGCCGGCCUGCUCGUGGACCUAGGGGCCGAUGUCCUAGCCAACCCAGACAGCGACAUCCCGCCCUUUUUUCUCGCCAUCGACGUGGCCGACUACAAGGUCUUCGAGAUGCUCCGUGGCGCAGGCGCCUAUGACAGGACGCGUCGCUACGGCUCCAAUAACGAAACGGCGUUUCAGUUCGCCUGCCGGAAGUACUGCGAGCCCCGGCCCCGGGACUACCCGUACAUCAUCCUGAACACGUUGUUCAAGGACGGCGCCGAGGUGAACUCGCGUAACGGCAGCGGCGAGACACCACUCUUGAUGGCGUCCAGAAGCGGCAUCGCCGUCCUGGUCACCAUUCUUCUCACGCUGGCCGCGGACCCCAACAUCGCAGACGUCCACGGCGCAACGCCGCUCCACUACGCCCACGGGACUGUCGCCGCUGAACUCAUAAAACACGGCGCACGCUUGGACGCGGUCUGCGAAGGCGUGACACCCCUCAUGGCCGCCGCUCACCAGGGAGAAGUUGAGGCCGUCAAGGCCAUGCUGCAAAGCGGCAGCGACACAAACCACUGGCUGGAAUCGUCACCCAUGGCGGCCGGGGACGAGGUCCUCAACUGGCGUUUGCGCAUGACGGAAGACCGAUCGGAGAAGAACGCGCUAGUGUUUAGGGGUCCCAAGGUCGCACCGGGAGACACGGCGCUGUCCAUGGUAAUACGCCGGCUAGAGACUCUCAGCGGGGAGAUGGCAAGCGCGGAGAAGCACAGGGGGCAGGAAAUGUUGCUAAGCAAAUUGAAUACAGACGAGGUGUAUCGUACUAGGCAUCGCUGGGCCACUUAUGGAACGAUUGCGGCCGAUCUCAUAGACGCUGGAGGGAAUAGUGUCGACGCCUUGAAGAGCGAUGGCACUUUGCAGGAGCUGUAUGGAAAUGACCCAUUCUGGCAGCCCAUCUUAAGCAGACUACACGGACAGAGUCAGGAUGAACACCGGUACCUGACGUACCGAAGGAAGAAGAGGCACAUUCUAGAUGAUGUCAACUCAUCUUAG